GCCAGAGGGCAAAGUUUCACUUCUUUUCCUUUCUCUUCCUCAGUGUUUUCUCGUCCACUGGAGACUGAACUACCGGGGACAAGUCUGUAACACACAGUGCAGUGCACAGCUUUCAUUCCUUCCAUAGACAACUCUGACAAAGCCAGUGUAUAUUUUGUAUUGCUCUUGUUCUGAUUUCAAAACUACUUUGGGCUGAUUUGAUUCAUGUUUUUGGCUACAUGAAAUUCAUCUUGCAACUAACGUCCGUGUUCUCUUAGCCUGCAGAAUUUAGUAGAAGAUGUUUCUCUGCCGAUUCAUCCGCCCUGCAGGCCGGAUUGUCCGAGUGACCCGGGGUCUGUUGAUACUUUUAUCAGCUGUCGCCAUCUUUGGUACCAUUGCUUUCAUUCAUCGAAUGGAAACAACUUCCAAAUUCAAUAAUGACGGGCACUCAGCUCCAAAUGUAGUGCAACAAUUGUUCACGCCAGCUUGCCAAAACUGCAGUCAGCACCGAACCGCGUCUGACGAGAGUGUUACAGUGAUUUUGGACAACAAAAUUCACGCCGACCAUACAGCGAAAUCUCCUGCGAAAUCAUCAGAUAAAAUGGAAAGGCCAAUCAACGACGAAGCCAUUGCGGCGGCGGCGGCGGCUGCCGCUGAAAUCAUUUCGCCCGACGAGGCAUUACCGGAAGAGAUGAUGCCCGAUCAGGAAUCUCCUGCCUUUCAACCACCUGUGAUCAAGACGGAACCUCAGCAACCGCCCUCGCCCAUUCCCGAAAGUUUCCCCCAACAGCAAGAGCACGCCCAACAACAAGAAUCGCUAAAGAUUGACGAGCAGCACCAGAAAUCGCUCAUCUCUCCGUCGUUUGCCGUCAGCGACAACGCCUCGCCAGCAGUGCACUCUGAGGCUUCCAACGCUCACGCUGACAACAUGUCUCGCACGCUGCUCCAUUUGGAGACGAAGAAGGUGGCCAGCAGCGUGUCGGUGCAUUCCAAUGCGCGGACGGCCAAGAUUCAAAGCGUCGGCGCCGUGAAAGGAGCGGUGCGAAUGAACUCUGUGACACAGGAGCAUCCGCAGCCCCAGCCCAAGGUUGGCAGCGAAGAAGAAAACCUUCCGGUGCUGACUCGCAGCUUGUAUCAAGCCGGCCAUUAUCUCCCUCCCAAGGACGUCUGCCCAGAGCAGGGCGAAGGCAUGAAACUGAUGAUCUUGGUUACAACCGCUCCCGGCCAUGCCGCCCAGCGUGAGGCCGUCCGCUCUACCUGGGGACACGUCGCCUUCCGUCGUGACGUGGGCAUGGCUUUCAUGGUAGGCACUUCCAAGAACCACUCGGAGAAUUCGCUGAUUGAGCAAGAGAAUUUCAUCUACGGUGACAUCAUCCAGGGUCAUUUCAUCGAUACGUACAACAAUUUGACGCUCAAGACGAUUUCCAUGCUGGAAUGGAGUUGGGAACAUUGCAGCCGGGCCCGGUUCUUACUCAAGACGGACGAUGACAUGUACAUUCACAUGCCUGUGCUCCUGUCCAUCCUGGACGGAGCUGCCAGCCGACGACGAACAAUCAUGGGCAAGGUGGCCAAAAAAUGGAAGCCCAUCCGCAACGUCACUUCCAAGUAUUACAUUUCGCCGACUCAGUUCAAGGCGGCCAUGUACCCCGACUUCAACACGGGCCCGGCUUACAUUCUGACCAACGACAUUGUCGAGCCACUCUACCAAGCUUCGCUGAACGAAACUUUCUUCAAGUUGGAGGACGUUUUCGUCACGGGGAUGGUGGCCAGCCCGCUUAAGAUCCAGCACAUCAAUUACCCGCAGUUUUUUAACCGCCGACUCAAGCUGGAUACUUGUGCCGUCGCCAAACUCGCCAGUGUUCACAUGGUCAAAACUCACGAAAUGUUUGAUCUUUGGAAACGAUUAUCGGACGGACUUACCCGCUGCUCUCCGAAAUAAGCAGCUCUGAUUAUAAUCCUCACCUAUACUCCACAGAACUUAAAUGAAUUGAACUUCAUGUGUCGCUUUACUGGAACGUAAAGUUUUUUUAAAAAUUCAUCCGUCACUCAUGACAGUAUUUGUAAUAAUAACCUUUGAUGAUUGCACACAAAUCAACGCUCAAUGAUGGUCGAGUUUGCUGCUGCUGCUGCUGCUGUAUUUCUGCAUAAUGUCACGUGCAUCUGAAAUCUGAUUGGAUGAUGAUAUGGUUGCUAUAAUUGUGCUUUCCAAGUUCGUUUAAAAAUCGAAAUGUUGGCCCAGUUAAAGUCAUAAUGAGAUGCUGGUUUGUUAGCCAAAAUGUAUAUUUAAAAUGUAGGGCCACCUCGCAUGCAGUAUUUGGUUUUCAUAAUCUUUGAUGCAAAAUUUUAAUGCUCCCCUCGAACCUCUAUUUUUUGAGUGAGAAUCUCGUGUAUUAUCAUUUAUUCUUGCCUUUUUAAAAAAUAAUAAACCAAGAUAUUCAGUGGGUUGAA